AUUGGUUACUGAUUGAAAAUUACUUUCACUUUCAGUUCUAAAAUGGCUCUUGCAUGUCAACAAAACAGUUAUUGUAAAGAGUUUCAGACAAAAGUUAAGAGUUGUUCACCUGCAGAAUUACCAGGUAAAACUAAAAAGGAGAAGCUGAAGGGGUAUGAGGUGAUUCUGGAAGAUACCAUAUUGUUCCCAGAGGGGGGAGGACAGCCAGACGACAGAGGCACAAUCAAUGACGUAGAGGUUUUACGCAUCACUAGACGAGGAGCAGAUGCUGUCAAUUUCGUCACCAAGGAGAUACAGGCUGGUACAGAAGUAUGCCUCAAAGUGGACUGGAAGAGGAGGUUUGACCACAUGCAACAACAUACAGGUCAGCACUUGAUAACGGCUAUAGCUGAGAGCAUGUAUGGAUGCCCAACCACAUCAUGGUGUCUUGGAGAAAACAUAUCCUCGAUUGAAUUAGAUAUUACCUCCUUGAGCAACCAGCAGAUGGCAGAUCUAGAAGAUGCAGUGAAUGAGAAAAUUCUGGCCAGUAUUCCAGUCACACCCCACCUCUACCAUGAUAAAGAGGAUCCAGAACUCCAAAAAUUCCGUUGCCGAGGGCUCCCAGAUGAUCAUGUUGGCCCGGUGCGUGUCCUACAUGUAGACGGAAUCGACUCGACCCUCUGCUGCGGAACUCAUGUCUCCAAUCUCUCUCAUCUACAGUCCAUCAAAUUGUUAUGGGUAGAAAAAGCAAAGAAAAAAGACAGAACAAAUCUAAUAUUUGUGGCUGGAGGUCGUGUUCUUCAAUAUUUAGGUCGCUGUGUCAAGGUUGAAAGGGCACUGACAACAUUGCUCAAGGGACCACUUGAAGAUCACUAUGAACUGGCAGAUAAAGCCGUGAAGGGAUUCAAAACAAAUCAAAAGUAUGUCACGUCACUUUUGCGGGACCUUGCUGUCUUUGAGGGACAAAAGUUUAAAACAGACAGCAGUCCUCUCCUUAGUCUACACAGGAAAGAAGGAGACUUGGAGUUUAUGAACAUCAUUGUGCAGCAUGUGGAUAAUUCUAGCAAGAUCUGCUUCCUGACAGUGGGGGAUGAAAAAGGGGCCGGUCUGUUUCUAUUGUCUGGACCAGAAGACUUUAUCAAGGAUGUUGGACCAAAGGUUGCAGAAAUUCUGAAUGGGAAAGGCUCCAUCAACAGAGGAAACUAUCAAGGAAAAGCCAAUAAAUUGUCUCAGAAAGGGAAAGCUGAAAAGCUGAUCCAAGAGUACCUGUCGUCAAAAAACAAUAUAGAAAAGUCUGAUGACAAGGUUGUACAGGAAAAAGAACCUUGAAGACAUUUGUGAUCUUGUUGUGAAUUUUUAUUUAUACUUCAAACAUAUCUUUUUUUAUUAACCUUUUUUAACCUUGUGUGAAGGAAAAGAUUAUCAGACCUUCCUGCACAAGUAUGCCAAAUUAAACAGAAUGAAACAACA